CAAUGUUGUCAUUUGUGCGUAAUACACAUGAGCAUACAUGUUUUGUAAGGUUAGAUAAGACUUACUAUAGUAUCUUUAGCAAGUUCAAAAAAAAAUUUACUCUUGCUGUCGCGACCCUAAUAAUCAGUGUCAGUUCAAAAUUAGUGCCGUGACCAUCAACUCAUUCAACAUUAAGCAUGCGACUUACAAAAGUAUUUCUUUUCUUACUAUCAAUAUGUCGUAUAACAUUUACUUUUCCUAUUCAAAGCGAGGACUCAUCAGCAAUUCAAUUCCCAGGGGUUAAAGACGAUCAAGGAUCAGACGACUUACCUAAUAAAAAUCAAGAUGAACCCACGAAAGAAGUUGAAUAUACAAAAGAUAAAUCAUUUGAAAAUCAAGACAAACUAUUUGUAGAAAAUAAAUUUAAAUUUAGUGAUGAUGUUGGAAAUUCUACGUUUCCAAAAGUUAGUAAGAAUAUAAAUAUCAAUAAACAAAUUGAAAUUAAUGAAGAUAUUGAUAAACCAUUGUUACCAGAAACAAAUAAGUACAUAGAAAACAAUAAAACUAUUGAAGCCAAUGAAGAUGUUAAUGUUCCAUUAGAACCAGAAGUAAAUAAGGAAACAGAAAUAAGUAAAAGAAUUGAUGUUAAUAAAGAUAUUGAUUCGCCAUUUGAACAAGAAGUAAAUAAAGACAUGAAUAUUAAUAAAGAGUUUAGUGUUCCUUUAAAACCAAAAGUAAAUAAGAAUAUUAAUAUUAAAAAAGACAUUAGUGAGUUAUUGGGGACUGAUGUACACAGGAACAUCGAAUCCAAUAAAGAUAUUAGUGUUCCUUCAUUACCAGAAAUCGAUAAGAAUAUAGAAAUUAGUAAAAAAGUCGAAAUCAAUAAAGAUAUUGAUGUUCCAUUAAACCAAGAAGUAAAUAAAGACAUGAAUAUUAAUAAAGAAUUUAGUGUGCCUCUAGAACCAAAACUAAAUAAAGACAUGAAAAUUAAUAAAGAGUUUAGUGUUCCUUUAAAACCAAAAGUAAAUAAGAAUAUUAAUAUUAAAAAAGACAUUAGUGAGUUAUUGGGGACUGAUGUACACAGGAACAUCGAAUCCAAUAAAGAUAUUAGUGUUCCUUCAUUACCAGAAAUCGAUAAGAAUAUAGAAAUUAGUAAAAAAGUCGAAAUCAAUAAAGAUAUUGCUGUGCCAUUAAACCAAGAAGUAAAUAAAGACAUGAAUAUUAAUAAAGAAUUUAGUGUGCCUCUAGAACCAAAACUAAAUAAAGACAUGAAAAUUAAUAAAGAGUUUAGUGUUCCUUUAAAACCAAAAGUAAAUAAGAAUAUUAAUAUUAAAAAAGACAUUAGUGAGUUAUUGGGGACUGAUGUACACACGAAAAUCGAAUCCAAUAAAGAUAUUAGUGUUCCUUCAUUACCAGAAAUCGAUAAGAAUAUAGAAAUUAGUAAAAAAGUCGAAAUCAAUAAAGAUAUUGCUGUGCCAUUAAACCAAGAAGUAAAUAAAGACAUGAAUAUUAAUAAAGAAUUUAGUGUGCCUCUAGAACCAAAAGUAAAUAAAGACAUGAAAAUUAAUAAAGAGUUUAGUGUUCCUUUAAAACCAAAAGUAAAUAAGAAUAUUAAUAUUAAAAAAGACAUUAGUGAGUUAUUGGGGACUGAUGUACACACGAAAAUCGAAUCCAAUAAAGAUAUUAGUGUUCCUUCAUUACCAGAAAUCGAUAAGAAUAUAGAAAUUAGUAAAAAAGUCGAAAUCAAUAAAGAUAUUGAUGUCCCUUCAUUACCAGAAAUCGAUAAGAAUAUAGAAAUUAGUAAAAAAGUCGAAAUCAAUAAAGAUAUUGAUGUUCCAUUGUUACCAGAAAUCGAUAAGAAUCUUGAAAUUAGUAAAAAAAUCGAAAUCAAUAAAGAUAUUGAUGUUCCUUCAUUACCAGAAAUCGAUAAGAAUAUAGAAAUUAGUAAAAAAGUCGAAAUCAAUAAAGAUAUUGAUAAUAUAGAAAUUAGUAAAAAAAUCGAAAUCAAUAAAGAUAUUGGUUUUCCUUCAUUACCAGAAAUCGAUAAGAAUAUAAAAAUUAGUAAAAAAAUUGAAAUCAAUAAAGAUAUUGAUGUUCCAUUGUUACCUAAAGCAAAUAAGGAUAUAGAAAACGGUAAAUGUAAUUAUGCCAAUGAAGAUGUUAAUGUUCCAUUAGAACUAGAAGCAAAUAAGGACAUAAAAAUUAGUAAAACUCAUGAUGUUUAUGAAAAAGUUAAUGAAUCUUUGAUACCAGAAGCAAAUAAGGAUAUAAAAAACUGUAAAACUCAUGAUGUUUAUGAAAAAGUUGAUGAAACUUUGAUACCAGAAGCAAAGAAGAACAUACAAAUCAGUAAAACUCAUGAUGUUUAUGAAAAAGUUAAUGAAUCUUUGAUACCAGAAGCAAAUAAGGAUAUAAAAAUUAGUAAAACUCAUGAUGUUUUUGAAAAAGUUAAUGAAUCUUUGAUACCAGAAGCAAAUAAGGAUAUAAAAAACUGUAAAACUCAUGAUGUUUAUGAAAAAGUUAAUGAAUCUUUGAUACCAGAAGCAAAUAAGGAUAUAAAAAACUGUAAAACUCAUGAUGUUUAUGAAAAAGAUGAUGAAUCUUUGAUACCAGAAGCAAAGAAGGAUUUAAAAAACUGUAAAACUAUUGAUGCCAAUGGAAAUAUUAAUAAGUCAUUAGAACCAGAAGUAAAUAUGGAGACAGAAAAUAGUAAAAAAAUUAAUAAUAAUGAAGAAGUUUCCAUUAAUAAAAGUAUACAUGAUCACUGUCACAAUGUUGGUCCUAAUUUGUGGUAUUGUGAUACUGAUUCAAAGGAAUAUAUUAUAUCCUUAGAACCUUAG